AGAUCUGUCAGAAAGCUCGCGACGCGAGAAAGUUUUCGCAUCGUCUUCGUCGGCAUCACAGAGCAAAAGCAUUCGCGAGUCGAAAAAGUGGUCCGCUUUCUCCGCGAUUUGGUUCCGGCUUUUGAAUUAUUAUAGCUCCGCUGCCCAGCCUAGGACUCCAAGAUGGCAUCCAGCACCGAAGAUUUCUACCUGCGGUAUUACGUCGGCCACAAGGGUAAAUUUGGGCACGAAUUUCUCGAGUUCGAGUUCCGCCCGGAUGGCAAACUGCGGUACGCCAACAACUCCAACUACAAAAACGACACCAUGAUCCGGAAGGAGGCGUACGUGCACCAGUCGGUGAUGGAGGAACUGAAGCGAAUCAUCGUGGACUCGGAAAUCAUGCAGGAGGACGACUCGCUGUGGCCCCCGCCGGAUCGCGUUGGACGACAGGAGUUGGAGAUUGUCAUCGGGGACGAACACAUCUCGUUUACCACCUCCAAAACAGGCUCACUGGUGGACGUCAACCAAUCCAAGGACCCGGAAGGACUGCGUUGCUUCUACUACCUGGUGCAGGAUCUGAAGUGUUUGGUGUUCUCGUUGAUUGGUCUGCACUUCAAGAUUAAGCCUAUCUAGGAAGCAAACCGGGGACGUGGUGGACAGUACGGAACCAAUCAUCAAUUCAGAAUAAUUUACUUUUCUACUAAAAUAGUGUCUAAUUUAAUAACUUUCCAAACGUGUGUAAGAAUAAUAACGAUACACAAAAAGUCUUAACAAGUUCAAA